AUGACAAAAGACGACAUUCGCCGAAGAAACAGGCCUGUGGCUUCUCUUCCUACGGCGGUCAACUCAGUGCCAAUUGAUAGCGAAAUUACUUAUCCCGAAGGUGGUCGCGAUGCCUGGUCAGUGGUUCUAGGUGCAUUGUGUGGCUUGACCGCAUCGUUGGGUAUUUAUAAUACAGCUGGAGUAUUCGAGUUCGUCAUCUCGGAAUUUAUAUUACUAGAAGAAUCGUCCUCUACGCUCGGCUGCAUAUACUCAAUCUAUGCCUUUGUGAAUUGGAUCCGUGGGGUGCAAAUUGGACCAACGUUUGAUGACAUGGGCCCUCGUGGACUGCUCGUUGCAGGAACCAUUUGCACGCUUUUUGGAAUCUUCGCGUUUGGCUUUUGUAUAGGUAAUAUUGGAUUUCCUGUGCCGCUCCACGCAUUACACAUUCUAAUCAUUCUAUCCUUCUCCAUAUUGACCGGUAUCGGCUCAUCUCUUCUCCUCACCCCGUCAAUGGGCUGCGUUGCUCAUUGGUUCAUGGAGCGUCGCGGUCUCGCUAGCGAUAUAGCUUUUGUAGGAGGUGGCUUUCUAUUUCCCCUUAUGAUACAGUCACUCCUCCCUCAAGUUGGGUGGGGAAGGUCGAUUCGGAUUCUCGGGUUUGUGCUGCUCGUGCUUUGCGCUGUGAACGUGACAUUUUGCCGAAGUAGAGAUCCACCACGUAAAGGAGCUGCAACUACUUAG